AUGCCACAGAAUAUUGAACGAAUAAUUCAUACAUUCCAAAGCAGAGUAGACACUUUACAAACUGAUUGGAACGUUUUAUGCGACGCAGUGUGUAAUAGCAAGUGUCAAAGUGUCAAUGGUCAAAUUGCCCUGUUAAAAUCUAAGUUAGAUUUAAUACAACAACAGCAUACUGGGAUUAUUGUUGAUUUAGGAAUCAUUAAAACACAUCUUUUAGCUCAUGAUUUGGAUAUGAAUAACCAGUUUUUAACCGAGGAACAAGAAGUGGAUUUUGACGUAAAUAAAGAGAAUGAAGAUCCUCUACCUCUACUUGGAAUUGAUGAGACUGAAGCUGACAUUUCGGAAGGGCCAAAAGUUUUCAAAGAAGAAUUUAAAAAUGAAAUUCUUUUCAGUAGUCUCAGCAGAGAAGCGGAGAACGCAUCGCGAGAAAUGCCAUCAAGGUACAAGGUAGCGAAAUCACAACACUCGAGCAAAAUCAGACCUCUCGGCGCAAAAGAUCUGAACAAUGUUGAGAACUAUCACCUUAUAAUGACAGAUUGUCCCAAAAGCGUCCAUGACCUUUACCACGAGUUUUAUACAGAUACAAAGCUUCAGAUCUUGCAUUUCGAGGAGAAACAUGGUGCAGGUCAAUUGUCUAAAUUACCCAAGUUGAGAACUUAUCAGCGCCGCAGCGCAUUGGUGAAUGCUAUCAACAAAUAUGCAAAGGGCAAAAAUAUAACCGUUGAGCAAUCCAUCGAACACUUCCAAGGUAUUGUUGAGGAAAAUGAUAAAACCAUACCAUGGUUAUAUAAUAAUUUAGCCAAAAUUUUGGAACAGUAUGGUAUUGUACAAUAA